AUGCCUUCCUCAAACUGCACUUGUUGCGCUUUGGUUUUCGGUGCCUCCGGCAUUACCGGAUGGGCGAUUGUCCAAGAAGCGCUGAAGUAUCCUAGCCCGGACACCUUCGAUAGAGUCAUUGGACUUACAAACAGGCCCUUGACAAAAUCAGAAGCCUUGUUUCCUGAUGACAAAAGGCUUGAGUUGUACAGCGGCGUUAAUCUCAGUAGCGGCGUGCCUUCGGUCAAAGCGGAGUUGGAACGAAUCAGUGGGAUUCAGGACGUGACGCAUGUUUACUUUACUGCUUACACCGGACAUGGAACGGGCUAUGAAGGAAUCCUGAAAUCGAACGUUGAAAUUCUGGAAAACGCCAUUCAAGCCGUUGAGAAUCUCUGUCCGAAUUUACAAUUUUGGACAUUCCAAACAGGUGGAAAGUCCUAUGGUUUUGAAUUUGCUGACAAGAUCGGGGUCCCGGAAACGCCAAUCAAGGAGUCCAACCCCCGGAUCCCAGAACCCUAUGCAUCAAGCAUUAUGUACUACGCACAGUAUGAUGUGCUUGAAAUGCUCUCUAAAGAUAAAAGCUGGUCAUUUGCUGAAGUUCGACCAGAUGGCAUUUCCGGUUUUGUUCCUCAUAACAAUGCUAUGAACCUUGCUCAGGCGCUUGGUUUGUUUUUCAGUUUCUUCGCCUCCCGCGAAGGCCCCGGUGCGACGGUGAUCUAUCCCGGUCCGCAAUCCGCCUACACGGCCCCUCACACCGAUGUCUCACAAUCUCUCCUCGCACGUUUCCACAUCUACGCUUCUCUCCACCCAGAUGCCACUGCCCACCAAGCUUUCAAUAUCGGUGAUGAACCGGCUGGAGUGACGUGGGCAGCUCUGUGGCCACGUAUCAGCGCGUAUUUCGGCCUUGUGGGGACUGGGCCCAUUACUGACAACCACCAGGAAGCUCAUAAUAUCGACAAAUACAUGCAAACACACCGUGCGGAAUGGGCGGCGUGGGAGGCUAAGUACAAAUUAAAGAAAGGUGUGAUUGAAGGGACAGAUUUCACGUUCUUGACGAUAAUGUUGGGAAUGGCGGUGUUUGGACGACAAUACGAUCUGGGUAAGGCGCAAGGAAUCGGGUUUAGAGAGACAAGGGAUACAGUGGACGGUUAUUUGAACACUUUUGAAUUGAUGAAAAUCUCGAAGAUUAUCCCUUAA